AUGAGUCUGCACAGGGAUGUACAGCAAAAGAGAAACACUUGUCAUCUUCAUCUCUCUCAGGAGUUUGUUGAAGAGCAGUUUAGAAUCCAUGAGUGGGAAGUUGCAGCAGAGUUCAAGUCGUUAUGGAUGUUGCAAGGUGGUUUGGAUUCCAUGAGUGGGCAGUCUCAACAGAGAUCAAGUGGUAUCUAUGAGGGACAAUAUGGAAUGUCGCAGCAGAAUUCAAAAGGCCAUUAUGCUGGAAACACAGGAAUUUUUCAAGGCGGUUUUGAUUCCAUGAGUGGGCAGUCUCAGCAGAGCUCAAGUGGUUUCUACGGGGGACAAAAUGAAAUAUCGCAGCAGAAUUCGGGAGGCUAUUAUGCUGGAAAAACAGGAAUUAACCAGCAGAGUGUACAUAAUGCCAGAGUGUAUCAGCAAAAUGAAAGUGAAGUUAAUUAUUCUAAUGCACGAAACUAUUGGCAGAAUCAGAAUGACUCCCGGAACAGAGGAAUGGUUGUUUCUCAAAUAACAAAUGAUUUAAGAAAGAACGAGAAAUUGGUUGAAGUUGCUGAUAUCAAGCAGCUCGAUGAAUUCUGCAAAGAGGGAAAACUAAAAGAAGCAGUAAAACAUUUAGGGUUGCUACAGCAGCAGCAUGUCCCAGAGGAUUUUUCUCGAUAUGUAAUGUUGAAGAAGGCAUGUAUUGAGAAUAAAGCUUUACAAGAGGUUAAAUCUGUCUCUGAGUACUUCAUUAAAUCAACAACAAAUCUUUUAGGAUUACUCGAUGGAUUCUGCAAAGAGGGAAAACUAAACGAAGCGGCAAAACUUUUAGAAUUGCUAGAGCUGCAGCAUUUCCCAGUUGAUUGCCUUGAUAUGUAA